AAUGUAUAACCGUUCACAAUCAACUCAAGUCGACGCUGCUUGGAAUUCCAUCCAACGUUUAUUUCACAAUUCGUCGCGGAAUCGAGCACACAUCAUGAUGGUGGAAGAAAAAAGUGAAGUGUUGUUGAAAAUUUUUUGGUGGUGAAGAGCGCAAUCGAAAGAGUGUGCAAAAAUGAAGUACAAUACGAUACAAUGUGGCGAAAAGAAGUCCUCGUUUACCAUUUAUGCGGAUUUAUCGUCGCAGGAUAAGAUGGCGUCCAGCGAGGCCGAAAUCGCCUCAAUCCGCUCCGAGCUCGAAAUCGUCCAAAAAGCCCUCAAAAUCCAAACGAAACGUUGCCGCCAAUUAGUCACCGAAUACACGCGCAAACUCCAACAAAAAGACCUCCAAUACCAAAACGAAAAAGCACUUCGUGACAACCAACUGGCUAAAGUUUUGCGCGCUCUCAUAAUUUUCGAAUCACGCCUCAAACAAGAACAAAAAUUCAUCAGUCACCAACUUAAAGAAAAAGACUACAUUAUCCACAAACAAAGCAGCGAAAUCAAAAAACUCCUCUCGAACCAAUUCUGCAAAAACUGCAACCAAUUCUACAAUAACACCAGUUCAAGCCCAAACUUUGAAAGCUUAGAGAGCAGUUCCGAAUACGUCGACUACCAAAGCUCGAUUGACAGCAGCAGCGACAUCUAUGCAACGAUUUCGGAAAAAAGCUACGAGCCCGAAAGUAAAAUUUUCACGAAAAAUGUCAACAACUCCCGGAAAAUGAAAAAGUUUCAACACCGGAAAAGUGUAGGGAGUUACUAUGAAGUGCUGGAAGCACAAAAUGAUGAAUCGAGUGAAGAAGACAAGAAAUUGAAGAUAAGUGACUCAAUCCCGCCUUUUGAAGGUGAAGAAACUAACAAUAACUGGUACGCAAGUGCGAGUGACCCGGACGAUGACGAGCACAGAGACAUCUACCGGAAUAAUCCGGUGCUAGAGUGCAUGAACCAAAUCCUCUUGCAAAACAUCAAUGACUCGAUCAAUUCACCGCCAAAAACGCCAAACACCGAACGCAAAACUUUGAAAAAAGUCAAAUUCGAAGACGAAGAAACGAAAAAUAACGCAACACUGACGAAAGAAAAUGUGGAAUAUUACGAAACACCGAUCCAGAAAGUGCCAAACUUUUACGAAACGCCUCAGAGUAUUUACAGUAAUGACUAUGAGCAGAUUUUGAGUAAAUGUUCGGAGAGUUUUGUUGAAACUAAGCCGAAAAUUAGGAAAGGGACUCCGCCGGCUUUGCCCCCAAAGCCUGCGAAUUUAACAACGUUGAAGUAUAAAGUGAAGAAAGAGCCAGAAAGUGUUGAGUCUGAACCGGAUUAUUGCUCGAUUUCUGAGCUGAAUCUUCCGCCAAAGCCAGUGGGGAGAAAGAUUAAUGUUGUGGCGGAGAUCAAUCCGCCUUUGUCGCAGGAUGUUAUCAAAAAGUUAGAUUCUGGAGGGAAAAGUGAACCGCCACCACCCGAAAACUUGGUGAAAAAAUGCGUGGAAAAGAUCAACAUCCAGCUCGCCAAACAAACGCCGAUCAAAAAACCGGACCCGGAAAUUCCCAAACUGCCUCAAGUAUCCGAAAUAAUAAUCCCAGAAGAAGAGGAAAAAACAGACGAAAGAAUAAGUCACGAUAACUACGUUAAAAACAAUUCCCAAAUUCUGAAAGGCAAAAAAUUCGAACCCAACAGACGUCCAAUUGUCAUGGGGACGUCCGUUUCGAGCCUAAUUUCCGGUUUCAAUAACCAAAGUUUAUCGGAAAUUCGGCAAAAACAGCGCGUUGAAAAAGCAGCGUUUGACUUGAGCCAGAACUUCGAGGAGUUCAAACUGGACGAUUGUGAGAUAGAGGAGUACAGUGUGAGUGAAGAGGAGGUCAAGUCGGAUGUGGAUUUGGACGCGAGUUCAAUUAGGAGGUCUCUGGAAGUGCAGAAGACACAACCGACCUAUGAGCAUUUUUUAGAGUGUACUGGGUUGAGUUCUAAGUCGAUUUUAACGCCUUCUAGGCUACUUAGUAACCAUAAAAGUAUGCUUAAGCCCAAGGACAUUAAAUUGAGGUCCAAGGUCAAGGCGAAUUUGUUUGAGAGACACAGCACAAGUACUAUUAAAUACUGGUCAGAGCCUUACAUUUAACUGUAUUAACGUUUUACCAAUAUUUAUCAGCUUAUCUAUUGUACAUACGGUAUUGUUAUCAAUAAAUUUAUUUAUUUCAA